CCGGAAGAUAUUCUGCCCGGAGUGGGUCACGUGACAGGCCUCCAUCCAGUUGCAAAUGGCCGCUGGCUGUGAGGUGGAGCUUGAUGCUUGCAAGACAUUCCAUGCCAGAAGAGAGGGACACCAUUAAUCAUGACCAGCAAUCUGGAUAUUUUUGUGGGGAACACCACCUUGAUCGAUGAAGAAGUCUACCAACUAUGGCUAGAUGGAUAUUCCGUCGAUGAUGCCGUCUCUCUCCGGCUGCGAUCUGGCAUUCUGGAGCAGACCGGCGCCACGGUUGACGUCCUCCAGAGCGACACCAUGGACCAUUACCGCACCUUCUACAUGCUGGAGCGUCUCCUCCAUUCUCCUCCCAAGUUGCUGAACCAGCUGCUUUUCCAGAUCCCGCCUUGCCGGCAGACGAUGCUAAUCGAAAGGUACUACGCCUUCAAUGCUGCUUUUGUCCGUGAGGUGCUGGGAAAAAAGCUAUCGAAAGGAACCAAGAAAGAUCUGGAUGAUAUCAGUGCCAAAACUGGCGUGACUCUUAAAAGUUGUCGCCGACAGUUUGACAACUUCAAGCGUGUUUUCAAAGCCGUGGAGGAACUGCGCGGAUCGUUAGUAGAAAAUAUUCAACAGCAUUUCUUGCUUUCCGAUCGGUUAGCCAGGGACUACGCCGCCAUCGUAUUCUUCGCCAACAGCCGCUUUGAGACCGGGAAGAAGAAACUACAAUAUUUGAGCUUCGAGGAUUUUGCCUACUGCGCUGAACAGAUGAUCGAGAAUUGGACUUUGGGGGCGAUGGACACCAAUGUGGAUGACAUGGACGUCGACUUGGAUAAAGAAUUUUUACAGGGCCUGAAAGAGUUAAAAGUUCUGAUUGCCGACAAAGAUCUACUAGAUCUGCACAAGAGCCUGGUUUGCACAGCGCUACGGGGGAAAAUCUCAGUCUUCAGUGAGAUGGAAGCCAAUUUUAAGAAUCUCAGUCGGGCUUUGAUCAACAUCGCCUCGAAGCUCACGCACAGCAAAGACGUCCGGGAUUUUUUCAUCGAUCUAGUGGAAAAGUUUGUAGAGCCAUUUCGGUCGGACAAAUGGAGCUCCAAUGACGUGCAGCUUUUCCUGACCCACUACACGGCCAGCGCACACUCGCUGGAAGUGUUCAGGCAUCAAGCUCUUUGGGAACGCUACAUGGGCACCCUCAAAGCCUGCCUGCUGAAGAUAUACCACGAUUAAAACCCCCCCCACACACAAUUUUGAUUUUGUUUCUUUAAUUAAAAAAAAUAAUAAUAACCCAGAUGUUCGUAUUUAUUUCGGGAGAGACACCCUCAAGGCCAAAGGGCCCUGUUCCUCGGUCACCCAAAUCUCAUCCUUCCCCUCCCCCUUAUCUUUUUUAUCCCCCUUCCUUUUGACAAUGAGGACUAGUCAAUUAUUUUGAGGAGUUGUUGUUGUUGUUGUUUCUCAGAUGAAAUAAAGAAUCUGCUUCAUCCCAA